GGUCGCGCCUGUACCAGUGGAGGUCCAGCGGGAGUGAGAGUCAAGGCUCUCCCUCUGACCUUCUGCCAUCCACUGCUCAGUCCUGGUUCCCACAAUGAGCCGGUGAAAGGGAUGAUGGGAGAGUGGGAGGACACCAUCAAUCCUCAUGAGCACGCUACCCGUCAGCCGCUGCUGCUCACAGAUUUACGGGCUGGCGUCUGGGUCACUCCUCCGUCUUCUUUGGGCUGCUGGGGCCUCGACUCCCUUUGCUCCAUAAGCUGUCUUUGGAGGGGGCGGAGCCUCACCAACCCUUUAAAUCCAACUGCUGUUCAAUAUUAACUGCAGCUCAAACAGAAGGCAGAGUCAACAGACUUCCAGGACGAACGGCAGAAGCUCCACCAGCCGACCCCGCUCCUGAUGUGAGGUCAAUCCAGACGUUGGGGCCCCAGUCCCAGCUUGUCUCCAUGAGCGUCCAGACUUUCUUUUUAGGAUCCCCCCCCCCCCGGGACUCUUAGGUCCUCCUCCAGCACUCCAGAUCUUCAGCUGCGCUCCUCUUCCUCACUUCUCUGAAAGCUGUGAGGAACGUCAGAGACCUGAGGAGCGUCCCCUGGUCUUCCUCGUCCUUCACGUCUGCACGGAUCCUGUUUGUUCGGGAGGCGGGAGACGCUCACCCCCCCCAGGAGGCUUCUCGGUCCAGAUGAGAGAGUGGAGCGAACCCGAGAUGAGCUUCUCGGCCGGAGGAGUCCUCUCCAGCUCUGACGGCUUCUGCUCCACGGAGCCUCUGCAGUACUACGACCUGCUGCCCGACCCUCUUGGCUGUCCGCUGCAGGACCCAGAUCUCCAGCUGCUCCCGUUCAGCCAGCAGCAGCACCACCCUGCAAACCUGCCCUUGUCCUUUCACAGCGCUCCACCCUCCUCCCCCUCCUCCUCCCAGCUCUGCCACCCAUCGUACCACCCUUCAUACCCCGUCUGCCUGGUGGGGCCCUGCGAGCCGGGCCCGGAGCCCCUCUGCGGGGGCCUGGCUCAGGGGUGUGGAACCGUGGAGCUGCCCCUCGGGCGGAGGUCCCGGGUGGGAAUGGGGGGCAAGAGCAGAGGCCAGGAUGAGCUGUGUGUGGUUUGUGGGGAUAAAGCGUCGGGGUAUCACUACAACGCCCUCACCUGUGAGGGGUGUAAAGGUUUCUUCCGGCGCAGCGUGACCAAAAAGGCCGUUUACCGCUGCAAGAGCGGCGGCAGCUGCGAGAUGGACAUGUACAUGAGGAGGAAGUGCCAGGACUGCCGGCUCCGGAAGUGCCGCGCGGUGGGGAUGCUGGCGGAGUGCCUCCUUACAGAAGUGCAGUGCCAGUCCAAGCGCCUGAGGAAGGGGAUCAAGGAGGAGGACAGAGCAGGAAGCAGGAGCCUGACUUCCACUGUCAGACUACCUGGACAGGCUCCGCCCACCAGCUUGAACAGAGAGGAGAGGUGCUUGGUGGACAGGAUGGUGGAGGCGCAGCGCUUCUGCAGGGAUCAGGGAGACGGCGGCUGGACGGUCUCUGAGUGGGCGUGGUCAGAGGACGGGGGAGGCAUGCCUGCUGCGGUGUCGCCACAACUCCACAAGCUGCUGCAGUUUGCCAGGACGGUGCCAGGGUUUGACCUCCUGGACUUCUCGGAGCAGCACGCCCUCCUGUCCGCUUCCUGGCUGGAGCUCGUCUUCCUGCUGUCAGCUCAGCAGUUUUCCCUCAACCCAUCAAGCCCCAGUCCAGCUCUUCGGCGUUUCCGCACAGAGCUGGUUCAGACACGCAGACGCCACGGACCACAUGGCGGGGAGGGCGCCGACGUCCUCAGGAAGCAGCGAGGAACUCCGCAGGCCCGUGCUGGGUUUCCUGCACAGCAUGGCGGCGCUGCAGGUGACGGAGGCGGAGUAUGCGCUGCUCACCGCCACAGCGCUGCUGUGUUCAGACCGAGCAUCCCUGCACGCAGCCGGCUGCGUUGAGCAGAUGCAGGAGCUGAUCCUGGACCUGCUGUCCCGGCUGUGUGGGGCCCGGGCCGGGGCCGCACACGGGGGGGCACAGCGCUUCGGCUGCCUGCUAGGCCGACUGACGGAGCUACGAACUCUUCAUCACAACCACCUCAUUCUGAUUAGAGGGCAGCACGGACGCCGAUGAAGAGCAGACGUAGGAAUGACCUCUUUGACCUUUACAGGAUUAUUUCUCCACGAUGAAAAACAUGUUUUCAUAUUUUUAGUUCCUGUAGACAAACUUUCAGCACCUUUAUUGUUUUUUUAUUCCAAAUAAAGUGAUGAAUCCUG